AUGUUUCUCUCACUUUCGGAGCUCCAUUUCGUGUUUCAGAAGCUGAGUUUCUUGUUGGAAGACUGUACUCGUGUUGACGGUCGGGUAUGGAUGUUGGUUAAAUCCGAAAACGUAUCCAAUCAAUUUCGAUCCAUUUUCCGAUCCAUUAGUGUAGCUCUAGAUGUGUUGCCAUUAGAUUCAAUUGAUGUUUCUAUAGAACUGAAAGAAUUGGUGGGUCUUGUGAAGAAUCAAGGUUUCGAUUCGAAAGUUGUGUUCCGACCCGAAGAUAAACGGAUCUUGGAGCAUCUUAGAUCCAUUUUGAAGCAAUUGGAGCAUCAAACAACUCCUGAUCCGAAUAAUCUGAGACGGGUUCUUGAUUAUUUGGGUAUUUCGAGCUGGUCCCAAUGCAACAAAGAAAUCAAGUUCUUGGAUUCUGAAAUCGGGUCGGAAAGAUCCACCACUAAGAAAUUGGACCUGGAUAUUCUUAGUAGUUUGAUGGGGCUGAUGAUUUACAGCCGGUGCACCAUUUUCACCACCGUCGACGGCGAGAAAAUCCCAAUUUCCGGCGACAGUCAUAGCUGGAGUUGCAAUCAUUCAAUUGGGUCCCUGAACGUUGAAGAUUUUCGAUGCCCGAUUUCUCUAGAGAUCAUGUCGGAUCCGGUGACUCUAACCACCGGGCACACCUACGACCGUUCUUCGAUAGAGAGAUGGUUUCGGUUGGGAAAUUCAACUUGUCCGAAGACCGGGGAGAAGGUGAAUAGUGGUAAUUUAGUUUCGAAUUCGUGUUUAAGAAGCGUUAUUAAGCAAUAUCAUCUCGAGAAGGGGAUUUCUGUUGCAGAAUAUGUCGGUAGCUCCCGCAAUCGGGAGAUUAUCGAUUCGACGACAGGUGGCAGUGUGGCGGAAGAGGCUGCCAUAAAGAUGGCGGUCGACUUUCUAGUCGAGCGCCUGGUGUUUGGCACGAAUGAGGCCAAACACAAAGCUACUUUUGAGGUCCGAUUGCUUAGUAAAACAAGCGUUUUUAAUCGGGCUUGUUUGGUUGAAGCCAGUGUGGUUCCGAGCUUAUUAGAUUUGCUUUGCGUUAAGAACCCAAAGAUUCAAGAAAACGCAAUCGCAGCGUUACUGAAUCUCUCAAAGUACUCAAAGACAAAGAAAGUACUUGUCGAAAAUGGAGGAUUAGAACUAAUUCUCGAGGUUGUACAAAACGGGAUGAAAAUGGAAGCCCGACAACACGCGGCAGGUACUUUAUUUUAUCUCGCUUCAGUGGACGAGUAUCGGGACAUCAUCGGGAAAAUACCGAGAUCAAUUCCUGUUCUAAUGGAUUUGGUACUGGAAGGUACGGAACGAGGCAAAAAGAACGCAUUGGUGGCGAUUUUCGGGCUACUAAUGUACCCCGAAAACCAUUGGAAGGCACUAGCAGCAGGGAUUGUUCCGCUACUAGUCGAUCUAUUACGAUCUUCGUCUCAAUGCGAAGAUCUUGUAAUAGAUUCUCUGGCCAUUUUAGCCACUCUCGCUGAAAAACCAGAUGGAACGAUGGCGAUUAUGAGCUGUGGAGCUCUACAUGUGAUACUCGACGUCGUAGGUUCUACGACAUCGAGGGCAUCAAGAGAAUAUUGUGUUGCAUUGCUGCUUGCAAUGUGUACAAAUGGCGGGGCCGAUGUUGUUCGGGUUUUAGUAUCGAACUCGGCUCUGAUGGGACCGUUAUAUUCCCUACUCACCGAAGGCGGUUCUCGUGCCAGCAAGAAGGCGAGUUCAUUGAUCAAAAUUUUACAUGAAUUCAAUGAAAAAAACACGUCUUCUGGCACGAGACGCCCCGUUCAUUUUCAAGAACGGUUUGUAGAUGUUUGGUAACUUGUAUAUUUUGUAAUUCCUUGACAUUAGCUCGGUUUUUUCAAGAGCUAAUGUCAUAACAGCCUUAGCUUCUGUUAUUUUUUAUCUGAAGCUAUAGCGAAAAACUCAUGAUUGUAUUUAU